AUGGCUGCCGCCAUUAUACUUACUCUAUUCGCACUUGUAAUAGCAUAUGUAUUCUACUACUACUGGAACGUCAGUAAGUAUCCAAGAGGUCCAAGACCUCUACCUCUCUUAGGAAACCUUCUAAGCUUUGAAUUCAAAGACUCUCAUGGCUACCUCCAGAAGUUAUCAGAAACUUAUGGGGAUGUUUUCACUAUUUUCCUUCCUGACCCCACUAUUUGCAUCAUGAGUUAUGAAGGAAUCAAAGAUGCUUUCGUCACCAGAGCUGAUGAUUACGUUGGUCGACCAGGAGGUUAUCCUGACAACCUUUUCCAAUGCAAGGAGAACGGAGGAAUAAUCUUUUCUCAGGGCGAAGAGUGGAAAGACGAAAGAAGAACUUCUCUUCAUAUUCUGAGAGAUUUCGGCAUGGGCAAGAAUGAAAUGGAAAUUCAAGUGAGAGCUUCCAUGGAUGAUUGUGUUCAACACGUAAAAAGCUUAUGCGCUGGAAACAAGCCAGUCAACUUCAGAUGGCCACUUCAGCUUUUCGUCUCUAAUGUUAUUACCAACGUUCUUACAAGUAUUCGCUGUAAGUACUCCGAUAGCGACAAUCUCAAGUAUUUCUGCAACUUGCUCACCGAAGAGUUUAUGAAGAUGAAGGAGAACAAACUGAUCUUCUUUCCCCGAUUGAUCCCUGGAUUUGAAAAGCUUCCAUAUCUUGGCCAUAAAGCCGUUGGUCAUCUGAGAAGCCUUACAAAAAAGAUGUACGACUAUGUUGAGAAGGAUAUGAAGUCAGCAUUAGAAGGAUACGAUGAAUCUAUGGAACCUGAAAACUUCUGUCAAUCCUAUUAUCAAAAGAAAAUGAGAGAAGGGACAUAUAAAGAGGAAAACUUAUUAAAUGUCUGUAUGGACUUCUAUUUAGCUGGUAUGGAGACUACAUCGACCACAUUACGUUGGUCGAUACUCUAUCUUGCUAAACACCAGGACGUCCAAAAUAAAAUGAGAGCUGAGAUUGAAGCCACAAUAGGACACAAUUUUCCAACUUUGGCCGAUAAGCCAAGACUUCCAUACUCGAACGCUGUUAUCAACGAGAUUCAAAGAAAAGCUAAUAUCAUCUCUAUGAACGUUGUUCAUAGAGCCGUGAGAGACACCUCUGUUUUGAAACAUUCCAUUCCAGCGAACUCGUUAGUGAUAGCGCAGAUUCAUGAGGUUCUCAGAGCUUCUAAAGUGUUCGUUGAUUCUGACAAGUUCAUGCCAGAAAGAUUCUUAGAAGAGGACGGCAAAACUACAAGAAAGGAUGUACUUGAACAGUUAGUUCCAUUCUCAAUGGGUAAACGACAAUGCGCCGGAGAAGGAUUGGCGCGUUUGGAGCUUUUCCUUGGAGCCGUCAGUUUGGUGCAAAAUUUCAAAUUAGAAGAACAUCCUGAUCAUCCUAUCACUCUGGAACCAAUAAACGCCGGAGUACUUCUACCUCAAGACCAAGAUAUCAUAGUUACGCCUUUAGUCUAUUAA